GCUGUCUGAUGUCGGGAGGCUGCGCUGGGGAGGCCGCGCGCACCGGAGGGGACCGGGCACACUCGUAGACUCAGGUCGUCCGCACCGCUCGGCUCGGUCGAUAACAGGCAGAUCCUCUCCCAUCCCCCUUACCCCUUUUCUUUCAGAGAGUAUGGCACAGGAGACCAAUCAAACGCAAGUGCCAAUGCUUUGCACGAUGGGAUGUGGUUUCUAUGGUAACCCCCGCACCAAUGGCAUGUGCUCUGUCUGCUACAAGGAACACCUGCAGAGACAACAGGGAGGGGGGCGGUCCAGCCCCCCGGGAGAAAAAGCUAGUGUCUCACCUCUGGGCUCCCCGGGAGCAGCCGGUGCUGCGUCUGUGGAGGUCGCCGCCUCGGAACCCUGCGAAGAGGAGGUGGGAACGCCCCCGGAGGAGAGAACGCCCAGUCCCAGUUCGCCCAGCCCAGUGACCCAGCAGAUGACCGCCAUGAGCAUCUCCCAAGACACGGCCGCGACCGUAGACUCGGACCGGGCCGAGGCUGACGAAGACGAAGAGGAGGGCACAUCCAAAAACACAGGGCCCCAGGGGGAAGCAGCACAGACCUCUUCUGACGGUGACCAGACCCCCGAUAAAAACAAGAAAAAGAACCGCUGUUUCUCCUGCCGGAAGAAAGUGGGCCUUACUGGUUUCGACUGCCGCUGCGGGAACCUGUUCUGCGCCAUCCACCGCUACUCCGACAAACACGACUGUCCCUACGACUACCGGGGCGCCGCCGCCGCCCGCAUCCGCAAGGAGAACCCCAUCGUGGUGGCGGAGAAGAUCCAGAAGUUAUGAGGGGGGGGGGUGGCGCGCCGCGGCGCGGUCCCUCCUCUUCCUCUUGACCUGCGUGAAUAAUUGGAACAAUGUAGAAACGGACGGCGGGAUAAAUCCACCCUGACUUGCGAACGGCUUUCCGGGUUCCAUGGGAGGGGGGGGGGGGGUAGGUGGAGUCCCACCCCUCCCCCUGUAAGCCUCUCUCCCCCUCGCUCUCUCUCUCUCCUCCAGUCACGGUUUGAAACUGAACUUUGUGUGUGUGUGUGUGUGUGUGUGUGCGUGUGAAAAUGGCGAGUGACCAUAACCUAGAGCAUGGAGAGAGGGCUGUGGGCGUGGCCUGUGGGCGUGGCCUGUGGGCGGCUGUUGCUGAGGUGAAGUGGUGAAACCACGGGGGGUGAAGUGGUGAAACCGGAGGGUGAAGUGAGCCAACGGUUAACCCACACGAGAAGGAGAGACUCGGCUCAUUGGUCCAAAGCUAGCAACCUAAGGAACGGAGCGGGAGUUCUGCAGGACGCUGUUUUUUUCCUCUCAAACAUCUUUGGGAGUUCUAAUGAUUUGCUCCCUUUAACAAAAAAUACGCAGAUUGAUGAUUUGGCCGGUUUUAUUUUUUAUCCAAUUUUAGAAGCGUUGUUCCUCGUGUUGUGCUCACCCAAUCGGUGGCUCCUUGGUGUUCAGAGAGCGUUCUUUGAGGAGUUGAUUCUACUGAUGUGGGGUGCAUGAGCAGUCAG